GUUGAGCAAUAGCAGUACCAGAGGCGACCGCUAGAGGCGCGCGCACUCCAUUAAGUCGGUCGAGAUGGUCAUGGCGGAGGGCACAACCGUUCUGAGGAGGAACAGACCGGGAACCAAGGCGAAGGACUUCUAUAGCUGGCCGGAUGAGUCUUUUGAGGAGAUGGACAGCACUCUGGCAGUGCAACAGUAUAUCCAGCAAAACAUUCGCUCGGACUGCUCCAACAUAGAGAAGAUCUUGGAGCCUCCAGAAGGACAGGAUGAGGGAGUUUGGAAAUACGAACAUCUCAGGCAAUUUUGUUUGGAACUCAACGGCUUGGCUGUUAAACUCCAGAGUGAGUGCCACCCAGACACAUGUACCCAGAUGACUGCCACUGAGCAGUGGAUCUUUCUUUGUGCUGCUCACAAGACCCCAAAAGAGUGUCCUGCCAUCGACUACACCAGGCACACACUGGACGGUGCAGCAUGCCUUCUCAACAGCAAUAAGUAUUUCCCUAGUCGUGUCAGCAUUAAGGAGUCGUCAGUGGCGAAGCUCGGCUCCGUCUGUCGUCGCAUUUACAGGAUCUUCUCCCAUGCUUACUUUCACCAUCGGCAAAUAUUCGACACGCAUGAGAACGAGACAUUUUUGUGUCACCGUUUCACCCGCUUCGUGAUGAAGUACAGCCUGAUGUCCAAGGACAAUCUGAUUGUGCCCAUCAUGGAGGAGGAGAACCAAAGCAGCUGUGAAGGAGAGAGCGAAGCCUGACCUUCACCUCUGCAAAACAUCCUGAACAACUGGCAUUCACACAGUUGUUUUUUAGUUUGUUUUUUUUUGUCUUCCUUUCCUCCUUAUAGCCACAAAAUGUUAAAGCUCCCUUGUAUAUACAUAUGUCUUGCUCUUGCGUAAGAAUCUGACGAGCUGCAAGAGUCUCUCCUUUGCUUUAUUUCCCCCCCUCAUCACUAUAUGAACAAGUGUGGUGAUAUUCACCCUUUCCUUUACUUAAGUUAUUGUGUGGGUGGAGGUGUUUUUAUCUAACCAUUUUUUAAUGAACUGUAGUUAGAUAUUUUCAUUAUGAUAGUAAUAAAACACACCUCAUACCCAGAGCUGGCUCUGAGCUGUACAGUUCAGUGAACUAGCAGAUGUUUGUGAAUAGACUUGCAGAUCAAAUGUGAAUACAACGAGAAGGGAAAUGAGGGAAUAACUGUUUUAAUAAAAUAUUCAUUCCAAUAA